CCUGAUGCCAGUUCUGAGGAGUCUGCCUCUGUUGAGGAGGAGCAGGAGAUAGAACCUGCUGCCCUAGUAGCCAAGGAGGGAGAGGGCACCGGUGAAGGAGAGCCAAAAGAGAAUGGUGAGAGAGAUGAUAAAUCCAUUGGAGAGAAGACUGCUGAGGGGGAAACGUCUGAGAAGAAAGAGUGAGUUGCUUAUGCUCAUACCGUGCGGAUGUUGCUUUCAUAUCCGUGUAGAUUAAUGUUUAAUUACUCAUUGUCUUGCUCUCUGUUUUGUUGGUUGGUUGCAGAGAGAAGGAUGGAGUGAAAGACAAAGUCAAGAAGCCAGUGAAAAAGGCUAUUCCCGCUUGGGCCACCAUGUCUGCCAGCAAACGUGCAACGCUCACAAAUAAGAGCACCUCCACCAUGCAGCCGCCUAAGAUGGACGACAUCCUCAUCGAGGCUAUUGAGGUCUGAACAUAACAACACACUUAACCUUUGUAUUACGUAGUUAUUCUUUAUUCCCCAUGAAUGCAGCACAACUGUCAUAUUUCCUCUCUGCAGUCCUGCAAGGAGAAGACUGGGGCCUCAGCCCAUUCUGUCAUGAAGUACAUUGUGAAGAAAUACCCUAACCUGGAGAAGAGGAAAUUCCUCCUCAAGAAGGCUCUCAAGAGGCAGCUGGAGAAGGGCACCAUCAAACAGGUGAGGAGUCCUGACCAAAGUUGACCAUGUAUUAACAUUAAUUGCAAAUGGUAGGCGGCAGUCUUAGUGUUUUUCGAUCUGUGGGUGACUUGUUGUGGUGCCCUUUUAUCCUGUGUGUCUGAUGUUUUAUCUACCUGCAUACUGCUGUUGCUUUACCUUUUUUUAUUCACUCUCACAGCUGAAGGGUAAAGGCCUUUCUGGAAGCUUUACCAUUGGGAAGCAGCCCCCUAAUAAACCAACUGCUAAAGGGGUAGGUAAUUUUCAGUCACCUAUCUGCAAACUUAAACACUAACAAUUACAAUUGACCAUUAUGUGAUUGUUCCAUUGGCUUUAAGCAGACAGAAUUUGAAGAAUUUAGCAGACACUUAUCUAAAGUCAUGCUUGCGUACAUUUUUCGUAUGGGUGGUCCCAGGAACUGAACCCACUCUCCUGGCGUUGCCAGCGCCAUGCUCUACCAACUGAGCUACAGAGCACCACUGUGUUUGACAGUGAUUCUGAUUGUGAUGGUUUGGUGCUAGAAGCCGAUCGCCGUGGCACCUGGGUUGAAGGCAGAGACCCUUGGGGAUGCUCUGCCCUUGAUCAUCACACGACUAUGUGAGCCCAAAGAGGCGUCUUAUAUCCUGAUCAAGAAAUAUGUGGAGCAGCACUUCCCUCAACUCAACGUGGAGCAUAGGUAAAUACCUUUUUAUUAUUAUAUUGGGGUGGGUGCAGUGGCGGGGUCUGUUAUUCUCUGUUUGGAGUAUGUAAACGCAUGCUAACUUACAGUAUUACCUGACAUAGCAAUGUAACCCUCUGCACAACCCAAAUCUACAUCAUGUUUAAUGCAGUCUGAAAAGAAGGAACCCACUACCUUUGAACUCUGGGAUGUCCAUUAGUGGUGUGUCUUGGUGGGGAUUAAAAUAGAAUUUCCAAUGCAAUCACUAUUUCAUUCCUAGGCCAGAUAUCCUAAAGAGUGGCCUGGUGAGAGCUGUGGACAAGGGGCACCUGGAGCAGAUCACUGGAAAAGGUGCCUCUGGAACAUUUCAGGUUAGUCUUAUACUAAAGGAAUGCACAAUUCAGUGUACUUCAUAAAGGCUUUUGGAGUCUAUGAUUUUGGAUCUCUGUAUGAGGCGUUUAUCUCAGCCCCUCUCUUACUCUCACAGCUGAAGCGGGAAGGGGGCAAGUUCCUGCUUAAAGGCGGUCCCCUGGAGGAUGCCAUCAUGACAGCCAUUGUGGCAAUGAACGAACCCAAGACUUGCAGUACCACCACACUCCGCAAAUUCCUGUUAGAGACUAACCAGGACAGCAUGGAGUACCGCGUGGGUAAGACCUGCUCCCUGACUCUCCUAAUAGAAACACUGCUUUGGCAAGAUGUGAAUACCUACCUGCAACUGCAGGAGCUCUCUCAUUAGCUAGGUUAAAUCAGAGAUGUAAAGAUGCUUUAUUGACCCUGGGCACUUCUCUUCCCUCAGUGAACAACCUGAAGAGAACCCUGCAGAAGUGCAAAAUUAUGGGCUGGGUGGAUCAGAUCACUGGAAAUGGGCUAAACGGAACUUACCAGCUCUGCUACCCUUACUACCCCAGGUAGAACAUUACUAUAGGAAGAUUACUAUGUGACGUAUAUUGCUGCCCUCUGUACAUCAUUGCAUUGCAUGUGCUAUACCAGGAACAGUAUUUUCUGAAGUUCACUCACCUGGAACAGAAAGGUUAGAGAUCGUAUUGUCUCUUCUUAUUCCACAGCCCAGCCAUUCUGUUCCCUGAAAAACAGAAAGCGAAAGACCAGAAAGUGUCAGAGAAGGACAAACGCAGAAAGAGAGUUGACUUGUCUGAUGAGGACUCUGAUGAAGAGGACUCGUCCGAGGAAGAGGACUCAGAUGAUGAACCCCCUCCUAAGAGGUGAGUCCAAGGUCAAGUGGUUGAAAUCCAAUGAGGAUGUUUUUGAUUCAUAUUGUCAUACAUAGUUAGUUUCAAAUGGUUCACUGCUAACAGUUUAUUUGUUUAAUACGAUCCUUAGGAAAGCUGUGAAGAGGCCACCACCUAAAGCGCGUCGCCCUCCCCCCAGCAAGAAGUCACGGCCGGCAAGUCAGUUAAGGGCUAAGGGCAAAAAAAGAGCUGCCCCAGCUAAGAGAUCUGCGCCCACAGCUAAGAAACCAGCACCGCCAGCCAAGAAGUCAGCUCCGUCAGCAAAGAAACCUGCAGCAGCCAGUAAAGCUGCAGCUUCAAAGAAGGCACCCACACCAGUCAAGAAAGCUGCACCUGCGAGCAAGCCCAAAACGCCCAUCGUCAAAAAGCUGACGAGCAGGGCAUCGAAGCGGCCAGCGCCCAAAAAGUCACCUCCUGCAAAGAAGGCAGCAGCCAAUUCUGCAGUGAAGGCCAAGCCUGCAGCCCGCAAGUCCCUGAGGGGGAGGAAGUGAGUUUACUAUUGCCCAGCAGCGGAAGUUUAACUGUAGCUCUGAAGACAGCGGUGCUCUGCCUCUAUCCAUGCUCUCUUUCGCAUCAUUGUUUUCCUCCAGUUUGGGGCUGUAGAAUUAUUCUCUGUAGGAUUGGGAUGUGGCAGUUAUUAGUUCAUGUCAAUUUGCUGUACUUGGGAACUGUUCAAUUUCUGUGAACCCAACUUAAUCGCCAUUGUGUAGAAUGGCCUCUUAAAAGAUGUAAAACUGCCUAGGUAAAGAAUUGUGAAAUUUCCAUCACUACUUUUAUUUCCCUCACGCACUUCAUUUUGAUAAUGUAUUUUUGCAUUUCCUCCCAGUCCACUCUGCCAUGUUUUACCUGGACACAUUCCUUUUAUCAAAUCCUUUGUUAAGCGUUUUGGAAACUUUCUCCCUCUACAACAUUUUUGAUUUUUCAACGUUUAAUCUGGAGUAAUCUUAAAGGAUAUAGAGAUUUAUGCUAUUAAGUGAAUUUGAGAGCAUAAUGACAGCCAACUUUCAUGUAAUGAAUUCUUGUUUAUUA